UUUUAAUUCUUUUGUCAGUCAGUACUGCGAAAGUAUUUUAACGGAAUUGACGAAGUAUCAAAUUGUUCUGGAAUUGUAUUCAUUUGGUAUAUCCAUUUAAUUUGUUCAUCAUAAAAAGUACAAUGGAACAUGAGUAAUCACUUCUUCAAUACCCAUUUAUGAGGUGAUGAUAUUGGUUACAAGGGGUUGAAUGUUAUCCUCUACAUUCACCAGAGGCGUAUAUCCCAUAUUUUCGUAAGCAUAAUGUUAGCACUAUAAUUCGACUGAAUAAGAAACUUUAUGAUGCUAAACGUUUCAUCAACGCUGGAUUUGCUCAUUAUGAUCUAUUUUUUACCGAUGGCAGUUGUCCCUCUGAUCAGAUAAUGGAUCGGUUUUUAGAGAUAUGUGAAAAUGUUCGUGGAGCAAUUGCUGUUCAUUGUAAAGCUGGUUUAGGACGCACUGGUACACUAAUUGGAUGUUAUAUAAUGAAACAUUAUAAACUAACUUCACGUGAAGUAAUUGGUUGGAUUCGUAUUUGUCGACCAGGUUCAGUAAUCGGACCACAACAGCAUUGGUUAGAUUUAAAACAGUCUUUGUGUUGGCAAACUGGUGAAAAAUACAGGGAAAAACAACGCCAAAUACCAUCAAAGUUCAAUCAAUUAGAAUCAUCAAUUAGCAAUGAUGAAAGUGCUACUUUUUCUGAUUCUUUCCAAUCAGAAAAUGUACAUUCAUCUCAGAGUGCGGAGUCAACAGGAACAGUUUUCGACAAUAAUGAUUUCUUAAUAUGUAGAUCGUCAGAAGAUACUUCUCUCAGAAAUGCUGACAACUAUUCAGUUUUAAGGACACCACUGAACUAUCAAGAUUCUUUGUGCACGCGUAGUCAUCAAUCAGCAGAACUAAACAUACCUACACCCACUAAAUCAAGGAGUAAAAAUUCCAGAGAACCAUAUUUUACGCGAUCCGUUCGUGGUCAAACAUUGCACAAUUCGAUAACAGAUUUUUCUGAUGUCUUAUAUGGAUCACAGUCGUCUAACUGUCCCAGUACACUACAACCAAAUGGAUCGUCAGUGUCAACUUCUCAAAACCCAAUUACAACAAAUAAUAAUGUGCGCUCAGACCAACCGUCAUCGUUAUUAUCAAUAGGUGAAUCACCACAAUCAAAUCAUCAAACUGGCCUGUCAUUCUCUUCCCUUCCACCAAGACUCCGCUUCCGUCACCUAAAUGGAGCAACAUUGUGUAGUGAUCAAAAUCAAACAAACAUUAUGCAUUCAACUUACGCAUUUUACUAA